AUGUUCCCACUGAAGCUGUCAGAUGUUGUCGAGUGGAGUCCCUGGCGACAUGUCAACACUAUCAUCAUCCAGCUCCAUUCCGUAUACUGGUGUCGAUUGCCCGUCGCCAAGCCUCCGAGCCCUGAGUAUGCCGUCGUUUCCAAGCCCUACAGUCCCAUCCCUACCCUGCCAUCCUCUCCCGAACAGGUCGACUCGAUUGAGUCAUGUGUCGAGGAACUCAAGGUCUACACCAUCGGGCCCCUCUCACAAUCCUUAUCUAUCGGUAACUGCAGCCUGCGAUCAAGGUUCUUUAUUGCUUACUACAUCCUCCCUCGGGCGCCGGACAUUGUCAUCCACCGCGAUGCUCCCCCGGCCCAUGAAAACAAAGCCGGUCCAGUAAAACCGAGUGAGUCGUUCAAGAGCAUCAGAAACUUCGUUUAUGUGUUCGUCCAUCGUAACGACUCAGCUGCCAUCGAGGAGCAUGAUACUGAACACGAUGCACUCACGCAUCACGAUCUCCGGCGCUUUCCUGGUGGUUAUCAGAUUGGUGAGUGA